UUUUAGCUGAAGAAUCCGGGAAUCUCCAAGCCAUCAUCCAUUCCUUUUGCCAGGCUGACUGACUCGGAGCUCCAGAGCUCAUGCGCCUAGCCCAAAGCAGCAUCAGCUUCAUCAGGGAAUUCCGGGCACCGUCGUCAACCUCUCGCAGGCCGAGAAGCGUCACAUAUUGGCCAGCUUGAAACCUCUAUUAUUCGCACUUUGCCUCGAGCACACUCUGUUAUAUCUCGCGACAUCAUAUCCUUUGUCAUUCAAUUCCUCCUCACUUUGAGGAGCUUCUAAUAUGGGUCUACCAGAAAACAUUGAGACGCGUCUCUUCAUUAAUGGGGAGUUUUGCGAGUCUUCUGAUGGAAAGACCUUUGAUAUCCAUAAUCCAUCUACUUUGAAGCUUGUUGCGAAAGUACAUGAAGCUUCUGAGCAAGAUACCGAUCGAGCUGUUGCCGCUGCAAAAGCAGCUUUUCCGUCGUGGUCGGCGCUGUCUCCGGAUCAGCGCGCUAUCUACUUCAAGAAACUUGCCAACCUCAUUCGUGAAAGCAAUGAAGAGCUUGGUUCCCUUGAGGCGGCCUCGAUGGGGAAGCCAGUGAGUACCUUCUUUGAUGCAAUGGCUUGCGCUGCGAAAUGGGAUCAUUAUGCCGAAGUUGGCUACACAGUUCAAGGGACCACAAGCGUACAGACGCCCGGAUAUAUCAAUAUGACCUUACGUCAGCCAUAUGGAGUUGUUGCCGCAAUCAUUCCAUGGAAUGUACCGUUGCUUUUCUUGGCAAACAAACUAGCUCCCGCCCUUAUUGUUGGGAAUACUACUGUGCUCAAGAGUAGCGAAAAGGCACCAUUAACAUCCGCAAAGCUAGCUACACUGGUCCAGAAAGCUGGCUUUCCUCCGGGCGUUAUCAAUAUCAUCACUGGAUUCGGUGCCGUUAGCGGGUCCAUUCUGAGUCAUCACAUGGACGUCCGCGCUUUGUCUUUUACGGGAUCUGGCCGCACUGGACGACUGAUCCAAGCUGCAUCUGCAAAGUCCAACCUCAAACAGGUGAUGCUGGAACUUGGAGGCAAAUCGCCCGCCGUCAUUUUUGAGGAUGCAGACCUCAUGGAUGCUGUUAAAGAAACAGUGUAUAGCAUCCAAUUGAACAGUGGGCAAGUCUGUAUGGCCAAUUCGCGAGUCUACGUCCAGGACACGAUUGCUGACAAGUACAUCGAACUCUUCAAAACUCAAUUUCAGCAAGUCACCAUGGGCGAUCCACUUGAAAAAGGUGUCAAUCACGGCCCGCAAGCAGAUGAAAUUCAACACAAGACCGUGCUCCGAUACUUGGAGAUGGGCAAGCAAUCCGGAGACUUAGUUUUGGGGGGUGCUGCACCAUCUGAUCGCAAAGGAUAUUACAUACAACCUACUAUAUUUACUAAUACCCCCGAAGAUGCGACCGUGAUGAAAGAAGAGAUCUUCGGCCCGGUGGUGAACAUCAACAUUUUCAAGACCGAGGAAGAGGUUCUGGCGAAGGCAAACAACACCGAGUACGGUCUCUAUGCUGCCGUGUACACCAAAAACAUCGACCGAGCCCUAAGAUUUGCCAAGGGUCUCGAGGCUGGUACGAUUGGCGUAAACUGCACAAGUCCAAGCAUCGGAAAAGACAUGCCAUUUGGCGGCUAUAAAUCCUCUGGAGUAGGAAGAGAAGGCGAGCCCUCGUACUCACUAAACAAUUUCCUAGAGACGAAGACUUGCCAGGGCCGUGUCGUUAUUGCGCUCGAACUGGAGCCACGUGCCGGAUUGCCACACCUCGUCGGAAGAGGCCCUACUAUCAUGUCACUGAAGAAGAAUCUUGCCAACGGAACAUUAGCGAACCCUAACUUGCAGCAAAUACAGACCCCUUCAACUCGUGACCGGGAAUCUUCUGAAGAAGAAGAACAAAGAGAAGCAGAGCCUGUAGUAGAGUCUGUCAACGAUCUUCACGAGCCAUUAGGUUGCAUGAUGAAAGACUCUCAAGGGAAGUUUAGAUACAUUGGGGCACAUUCCGAAAUUCCUUUCAAUGCUGCUGUUUGUUCAAUGCGCGACAACUCUAAAAGGCGUUCAAGUAUCAUCAUGCCACCAAAGCUUGGCUCUUUCCCACCAUCUCUGCCGACCCCAUCCCCAUCGAUCGAUAGCUGUUAUCCAAAUGAAGGGAACUACCUGCCAACUCGCGAGACUUGUGAUUACUACAUAUCCAGGUUUCUUGAGGAAGUGCAUUGCACUUACUGGUUCUACUCUAUUGAAGCAUUCCUUAAUCGAGUAGAAAGCACCUAUUCGACAUCCACCUUGCUCGCUUCUAACUCGUGGAUGUGCUCAUUGUAUGCCAUUUUCGCCAUUGGUGCAACAACUCCAAAUGAACGAGAUGGGAUAUCUCCGGAUCAGAAAACGUCUACGGACUAUAUUUCCCUUGCAAAGCAGUUGAUUCCGAGUGUGUAUGACGAAGCUGAUAUUGACAGUAUACGCGCACUGGCUAUCAUGAGUAUCGCUCUUGAGAACCUUUGCUCGAGAGUCACCUCUUACCUGUAUAUGGGUGCCAGUAUACAGAUGGCAUAUUCACUUGGUCUCCAUCGAGAUCAAAUGCCGGGAUCGGGGGGGUCUAUGGAGCGAGAGCAGAGCCGAAGGAUUUGGUGGACCUUGUUCAUGCUUGAUCAAGAAAUUGCUUCUCGAGGAGGCAGCCCGAAUUUGAUAGAUGAGCGGUUGCUGAAAAUUGACACGCCACUGCCAUCUGAACAGAUGCUCUAUCCCGGAAUGCACACUCCACUCUCUUGGCUAUCAACGUCCGUUGACCUCUGUCGCUUAAAGCGCGACAUCAUUCAGGCAGUCUACCCUGAGCGUUCUUCAAGUGCGAAGACCGUAUCCUUCUCAACCAUAUCUGGGCUGCUUUUAUCCUUGCAGAAGUGGCUACAAGUGAUCCCGCCACAUCUAAAGCACGACGUUCCCGCUCCACCUACCCAAAAACGUGCCGUUGCCGUCCUUCAUCUCCACUAUUGGAGCUCAACAGUCCUCUUGUGCAGGCCGUUCCUGCUCUAUCUUGUGCUUAAACGCAAUGAAUUAACGUCCGGCAAGAAAACGUGGUUCGAGAGGAUGAGUAAAACGUGUAUUGACGCUGCGCAGAAAAGCGUCUCGAUCCUCCAACAGAUGGCGGCCGAUAAUACACUGUCGAGCCUCACAGCGUUUGACAGUACAUGCAUUCUUCGCGCUAUCAUGAUAUUUAUCCUCGCAUACGCGCACACGAAAAUACAGUGUUACCGCUCCAGCAUCGAAUCAAGUCUGGCGCUCCUUCGCAACAUGGCACAGGUUGGAUUCUGCAGGAUUGUGGCUGAGGAGACGCCAAUGCGUCUCGCGGACCUUGGGAUCUCAGAGGAUAAUAAGGCUUGUAAUGCAGGUGUGCUCUUGGACGACGAUCUUAUCGCUCAGCUUUGGGGAAGCUUUGAUUCGGACUUCAUGACUCCGUUGCAAAGCCAGGAGAGCCUCGAUCUCGCAUUUGACGACACAAGCUCUUUCGACCUCAACUCCGAGAUAUUACAAUUCACAAACCUCGACGACUCUAUCAUUCUCGAUCCUUCACACGUCUUUUCAAGCUUUGACUUCCGUUAG